AUGGCGUCGACAGCGCAGCCACCAGAAGGCGUUCACCACUACGAAUCCACAGAAGAGCUUCCGUCGGAAAUUGCCAAGUACUGGCAUCAGCGCCACAACAUUUUCUCCAAAUACGACGAAGGCAUCUGGCUCACCGACGAUGCCUGGUUCGGUGUCACUCCAGAGCCGAUAGCUAACAAAAUCGCCAACCAAGUUGCAACAGCACCAGCCUCAAAAACCGUCCUGAUCGAUGCAUUCGCCGGAGCGGGCGGUAACGUGAUCGCCUUCGCACUUUCCGGCCGCUGGAAACAGAUCUUUGCCGUGGAGAAGGACCCGAAAACUCUCGCUUGCGCCAAGCACAACGCGGAAGUCUACGGCGUGGCCAAGAAAAUCUGGUGGAUUGAAGGUGAUGUUUUCGAUGUUUUGAAGACUCGUCUCAAGGCGACAGGAAAGAACGCGGUACUAUUCGCGAGUCCGCCAUGGGGAGCAGGACCGUCAUACACCGACUGGGACGUCUUUGACCUCUCGUACAUGGAGCCAUACAACCUUCAACAUCUCUACGAUGCAUACUCCAAGGUCACAAACGACUUUGUGCUGUACCUGCCUCGAACUUCAGACGUCCGACAAUUGGCAAAGUACCACAAGAACGACGAGGAGAAGCUCAAGAUCAUUCAUUACUGCAUGCAUGGCUCGAGCAAGGCUUUGUGUGUCUUUUACGGAUCAUUCCAGUUGGACGAGGAGUGA